CAUCACAAGCAAUCCAUUAACAUCAGUUUGCGAUCUGAUAUUUUCAGAAGACACAUUCAACAUGCAGUUCUUCAACGUUGCCCUCGUUUUCGGCGUUUUGGCUAUCGCCAGCGCUUACUCUCAAGCUCCCGGAACCACCACUACCACUGUCACCACGACCGUCACCACCGUGACAGCUGAUGAAGGCACCGACAGCGGACUCCUCAGCGCACACGAACGCAGUGUUAUCCGCAAGACCUGGGACCAAGCCAAGAAGGACGGAGAUGUUCCUCCUAAGAUCCUCUUCCGUUUCAUCGUUGCCAACCCCGAAUACCAAAAGAUGUUCAAGUCCUUCGCCACUGUUCCCCAGAACGAACUUAUGGGCAACGGAAACUUCUUGGCCCAGGCUUACACCAUUUUGGCCGGUUUGAACGUCGUCAUCCAGUCCCUGUCCAGCCAGGAGCUUUUGGCUAACCAAAUCAACGCUCUCGGAGGUGCUCACCAGCCCCGCGGAGCUACCCCCAUCAUGUUCGAGCAAUUCGGUGCCAUCACUGAAGAAGUCCUCGCUGAAGAGCUCGGCAUCGCCUUCAACGCUGAAGCCAGACAAGCCUGGAAGAACGGAAUCCGCGCUUUGGUCGCUGGCAUCUCCAAGAACCUCAAGAAAGCCGAAGACUUGGCCGAUCCCCAAACUAAACUGACCCCCCACCAGAUCCGCGAUGUCCAGACCAGCUGGGAAAACCUCCGCAGUGACCGCAACUCUUUGGUCUCCGCCAUCUUCAUCAAGAUCUUCAAGGAGACUCCCCGUGCCCAGAAGCACUUCACCAAGUUCGCUAACGUCGCCGUCGAUUCUCUGUCCGGCAAUGCCGAUUACGAGAAGCAAAUCGCUUUGGUCGCUGACCGCCUGGACACCAUCAUUGCCGCCAUGAACGAUAAACUCCAACUUUUGGGCAACAUCAACUACAUGCGCUACUCUCACCAGCCUCCUCGUGCCAUCCCCCGUGAACGUUUCGAGGACUUCGCUCGCGUGCUCCUCGAUGUUCUCGUCUCGAAGGGAGUCUCUGCUGAUGAUAUGGACUCCUGGAAGGGCGUUCUGACUGUCUUCGUUAACGGAGUUUCACCCAGACAGUAAGAGCUGAAAGCCAUUACCGAUCAGUAACUGUGUGGCUGUUGUUUGAAAAUAAUUUGAAUCUUUUUAGCUGAGAAAUAAACAACUCGAAUGAGUUAGUCGAAAUUA